UUCGAGGAUGAAGACGACCCCCCGCCAUAACGUAUUCCUCAUUUUCCUCCAUAACUUUCGUAUUUUUCGAUUCCUAAUCUACCCUUCUUCUUCAUCCAAUACUCCCGGUUUCUUCUUGGUUUUCGCUCGCAAUCAAUGUCCUCUUAAUCGAGUUGAUUCAGUCUUAUACUGAGUGUCAUUGCUUACUCCUUCAACAUUUGAGUCUCCCCAGCCAUCUUCAAUGGAGCAAAUUUUCUAGAGGAACCGAACGCAACGGCUCGAGAACAGAUUCCAGCUUCAAUUAUCACUUGUGGACCCUUUUGAAUUGCUUAUAACCUUGGCUACAUCAACUUCUUGAAUGUAAGGUAUCGCUUUAGCCAAGAACAGAGUGAUGGAUGUGCUUGAACAGUUCAUCGAUCGAUUAUAGAAGAGGAAAUAACAGAGACACGCUGGUGUAGCAGGACGAGUUGACCAUGGCCUCGACUUCUUUUGCUGGCAGGAAGCAACUGCCAGUGAUUGAAGCUACUUCUAGCUGUAUACCAUACCCACCACCGCAAACAACAUAUGAGGAUAUUGUAGCUAAUCCAAAUAUCUUUAUGGCAUCCUUGGAGAAGCUCCAUUCUGUCAUGGGAACCAAGUUCAUGAUCCCGAUUAUUGGUGGGAAAGAACUAGACCUGCAUCGACUUUUCGUGGAAGUUACUUCUCGUGGUGGCAUUGAGAAGGUUAUAAGAGAGAGAAGAUGGAAAGAAGUAACUUCAGUUUUCAAUUUCCCUUCAACGGCCACCAAUGCCUCUUUCGUUCUCAGGAAGUAUUAUCUUUCGUUGCUUCAUCAUUUUGAACAGAUUUACUUCUUUAAAGCUGUGGGAUGGACACCAAUAAUUUCUGAUUCCUCUCCGUGCCCAAGUGCAGCGACGAUUCCUACCCAAGGGACGGCCUCUAUGUUGCCACCAUCAGAUAAUCAGGCGGCGUCCCAGCCGCCACGGAGUACUGCAACUGAACUUCCAGCAGUUGCUCCGGGUUCGACAUCUCCAGCAGGAGGGUUUCCAGUGAUCGGAGUCAUUGACGGGAAAUUUGAUAGCGGAUAUCUUAUUACUGUUACUGUAGGGACGGAGAAGCUAAAAGGUGUGCUUUAUCAGGCUCCUUCUGAGCAACCUGCUCAGCCUGUUGGUGUUUUUGCCAAAGAUGGUACACCAAAUGCUCAUCAGCUUCGCCGUCGGAAGAAAUCUGAGAUAAGACGAAGGGAUCCCGGUCAUCCGAAGCCAAACAGAAGCGGCUACAACUUCUUCUUUGCUGAGCAGCAUGCUAGACUCAAACCAUUACACCCAGGGAAGGACAGGGAGAUAAGCAGAAUGAUUGGUGACCUUUGGAAUAAACUUAAAGAGUCUGAAAGAACAGUUUACCAGGAGAAAGCUAUGAAAGAUAAAGAACGAUACAGAGUCGAGAUGGAGGAUUACAGAGAGAAGCUGAGGACAGGCCAAGUCAUCAGUGAUGCAGUGCCUUUACAGCAGCGUCUUCCCGAGCCAGACCUGAACAUGGUCUAUGCUGACAAGAACGAAGAAACGGAGGAUGGCGACUCUCCACAAACCCCAGAUAACGAUACAAGCUAUGUUGAAGGCAACUCCGGAGAGUAUAAAAUGGAAGUGAAGGAGGAGGAUGAAGAGGAGGAAGAGGAGGAAGAGGAGGAAGAUGCAUCUCCGAAAGGAAUUGUUAUUGUGGAGGAUGUUAACGCUUUGGUCGAGGAGGAACAGUGCAAGACGGGAACAGCCGAAGAGGAUGUUAGAAAAGAGAGUAGCACGGUUGGGGACGAUAAAGAAGUUUAUGCCGGGGAGUCGGUAAUGAUGGAGGUGGAUGCAAAGGAAGAACCAGAACCAACAACAGACAUUCGAGAAAAUUAAGGUACUAUACUGCUCAGUUUUUGCAGUGCUUCAUCAUGUUUCCAUUACUUCAGCUAAUACUUGUAAAGCUUUCAAGUUUUCUGAAAGAUUUUGAGAUUCUUAUCAGGGAAAAGUUUUGGAUCUUUCAAUCACUUCUGUUUUAGGAAGAAAUUUUGUUGCCUUCUGUUGAAACAUUCCAACUGGAAUCACUCCCUGAUUUGUUUAUAA